UUUUGGCCAAAUAUUAUUUUGGGUAAUUAACACUUUCUUUUAUGAAAAAUACAAAGUAAUAAAUUUUCCUCUAAGCCAUUUCAUGAAAUAAAAAUGUUAGCCGAUAAUAUGUAAUAUAAUGACUUGCCUAAAGUAUUAUAUCCCGACGAAAAUGAGAUGAAAAUGUUAGAUUGUACUUGAAUCUCUAAUGCAAAGCAAUUGUCAAUCCCAAUAGAUUCAUGAAAUAGUAGGAGGGAGUGUGUAUAUUUGACGAAAGUAAAAGGCAAAGAUUUUGCAAUUAGCAAUGCAAGUUUGGUAUCAUAAAGUGACCGAGAAUUCCUUAGCAGAAAGCUUAUACGCCAUAGAAAACAACAACUAUAAAACACCAUACAAAUGCUUUGAUAUGAGGGAAGGAAGAUACCAAAACCUUCUCCACCGAUUACACCCGAGUACCCACCCUAAAAUUAUUUUCCUUCUCAAUCUCUAACCCCAUCAAUGAAACUUAGACCAUUUCCAAAACCUCUCUCUCAUCUUCUUCAUGUUGAUAUAUUUUCAGCCACACCCCCACUUACAGCCCCAAUGCAACCAAGCUACUUAACCUCUCACACUCGGCGCCACACCACUCAUCCCUUGGGUUGGUGUGCAGCCAUCAUAUGCACCAUCAUCGCCAUUGCUGUCAUCGUCGUAGGCAUUGUGAUCUUCACCGGCUACCAAGUUAUCCACCCUCGAGUCCCCGUUAUCAGCGUCAUCAAUGCCCAUCUCGACCUCUUUCAGUAUGACCUGGCUGGCCUGCUCGAAACGCAGAUGACCAUUAUCUUAAACUUGAAGAAUAGUAACCAAAAGGCUCACGCUACUUUCUCGGAUACCCACUUCAGUGUCUCAUUCGACGGACACGAGAUUGCCAAGCUCCUCGCUGACCCUUUUGAUGUAGGAAAAAAUAAUUCUGUUGAUUUCCAUUACGUCGUUCAGUCUGAUUCAAUACCAUUAGAUCCAAAACUGCAAGAGCAGGUGGACGUUGCUAUGAAGAAGGAUGAUGUUAAAUUUGGUUUGAAGGGAAGUUCAAGAGCUAGAUGCAGAGUUGGACCUCUCGGCUCUGUCAAAUUUUGGUGUCAUUUGGAUUGCCAGCUUAGGUUUAGUAUUUUGAAUGGCUCUUAUGUGCCUUCUUCAAAAUGCAGCUCCAAGGCUAAAUAAUUUUUAUUAAUCUUUCUUUGUUUGAAUAUUAUGUACACAAAACUGAUAAUAAUUUGUUAUGUGUACGUAAUUUCUAGAGGAUCAGUUUCUUCCCAA